AUGUCAUUUCACCUUGUGUGUUUCUUCUAUUUAAAUCGUCUCAUCUCUUUCCUCUCCCUCCAAAAGUACAAACACAAGGAGUCGGCCCGCUCAGACAUUGAAGCGGCAACACGGGCCUACCCCAGCCUACCGGUGAAAUACCAGUCCUUCACAUUUGACGAUGGUACAACCAGCGACCUCCUCAGUCUAGAUGGUACCCUGCCGGUAACGUAUGACGGUCACACCUACAACAUUCCGGUAGCCGUUUUCUUCCUCGCCGCGCACCCCCACUUGCCACCGAUGGUCUACGUUCGACCAACCAGCUCCAUGGAGAUUAAGAAGGGCAAAAAUGUGGAUAACAGUGGUCGCGUGUAUCUGCCCUACAUUUCCAGCUGGAAGCAUCCACAAUCCAACACUGUCCAGCUUCUUCACCUCCUGCGUCAGGUCUUUAGUCAAAAUCCUCCAGUCUUUGCCAAACAGCCAGCCCGUCCACCUCCUCCCACAGGCCACGCCGGUCAGCCGAGCGUCGGUUUUCAGGCCUAUCCACCUACCCAAGGAUCAGUAGGAUCGGAGCUGGGCGGCACUGACAAAAACGGACUGCCCGUUUACACGUGCCACGCGCGCGCUUCGUCCCCUAAAUACAUGCGUGCGAGGCUUCACCGAGUGAGCCUGAGAUCCGCAUUGGUGCCCAGUUACGCCUACGCGGCUCACAACGUGGCUUGA